CAUUUUUGCUUGCUCGGACAACAAAAUGGAGUGCCAGUACUUCCUUAUCGCUUUACUGGUUCUGUUUUGUCGAAAUUCAUUCACCAGUGCUUCCGAAACCGAAGGAAAAGAUGCAGGGAAACAAGCUUACGAUCCACGGCCGAAUUUUCCAUUCGGAGACUACAGGAAUUGUGUUUUAAAUGGUAUCUCGGUGCCUAGACUUGAAACACUUCCCGGUUUGGGCUGGGAUAACCUAAGGAAUCGCGUAUCAGGAAUGGUGGUGUUCUUUAACUAUUCCCAAUGUCGUACGACGGAAGAUGGCCGAUACCUGAUACCAGACGAUGUAUUCGUAACGCCGAUCAAAGAAAGCAAAGCCGCGCUGUUUUCUGAGCUUAUUGACCACUGGACUAACUACAGUUCUAUGACUUCGACAACUGUAAACGUUGAAGCGCACGAGUCGUUUUUUGGAAGUAUUAGUGGGUCUUUCUCGUCGGAAUAUAGCGAUGUGAAAAAACAUCAGGUCAGUUUUGACGUGUUUAAACUUGAAUUUUUUCUGUGUUGGUGUAGUGUACUCAGGUGAAUAUGAUAUUUGUGGUGUUACUCUGAGUGCAUAUCCACACCGGGCGAGCUUGAAAAAUAUGCCCGGCCACGGUGGGAUUCGAACCUACGACCUUUGGAAUACUAGCCCAAUGCUCUUCCAACUGAGCUACGCGGUCAGGACGGUUCGAGUAAGUGAUAUUUCGGAACAGAAUCUAGUUCCUUCAAUAACUAGAUUCUGUUCCGAAAUAUCACUUACUCGAACCGUCCUGACCGCGUAGCUCAGUUGGAAGAGCAUUGGGCUAGUAUUCCAAAGGUCGUAGGUUCGAAUCCCACCGUGGCCGGGCAUAUUUUUCAAGCUCGCCCGGUGUGGAUAUACACUCAGAGUAACACCACAAAUAUCGUGUUUAAACUUGUUUCUAAUACUCGACCGGAAGAGGCUGAGACUGUCAAUAGUCACCCGGAAGUGUUUUGUCCUCUUUCAGUUCUAGAAGGUUUUUAUAUGCUUCUUGUUUCAAAACAACUUUUCCCUUUUAUUACUUGAAUUUUCGUUUUAUUUUAUUGAUAUAAUCUUAUUAUUAAUUGAGCCACAAGAAACACGUCAAGACUGAUCACUAGCCUUUCAAGUGACGUAAUUUUCACUUCUGACCCCAAAUUUUAUUCCUUCGUGGUAAAAGCAACAAAGGGAACGAAUGUUACCUACAAUGGAUCCCAUCCGUACGUUUGAGAUAUCUUUUUCGGGUAGUUCAGACACAAACCACGGCAGUUUAUUGUAGAAUACUACCUACACUGGACCACCACGUUUGAAAUAUAUUUUUCAGGUAGUUCAGACACAAACCACGUCAGCCUAUAUCAAAAUCACAAUCAACAAAAUAUAAAUCAUCUCUAAGGAUUAAUUAUUUUUCCAGGUGGAGGACAAAUCAGUCACCUCUCGUACGACGCUACGUUACCGCAUCUAUGCUGCCCAUCUUCAACCUGACGCUCAACUCCACCCGAAAUUCAAAACGAGGCUCUUAGAUAUUGGUGCGCACUUGCAGAACGAAAAUAUGCACGUCGCGCGAUUUCUGUCUGAUCUCCUGGUACGAGACUAUGGUACACAUUACACCACACGCGUUGACUCUGGAGGAAUCCUUGCUAAGAUGGAUCACAUUUUGAAAUCUUAUGUUGCAUCAACUGAAACAACUCGACAACAAACUAAAGGUGGGUAGGCAGGUAGGUAGGUGGGUAGAUAAGUACAGACACAGUAGGUAGGUGGGUGCAGUAGGUAAGUAGGCAGGUGGGUGAGUGGGCGGUUAGGUAAAGUAGGUAGGUAGGUACAGUAGGUAGGUAGGUGGGCAGGUAACCUAGGUAGACAAAUAGGUGGGUGGGUAGGUAGGUAGGUAGGUAGGUAGAUAAGUCAGGGUUCGUAGUCUCCAAGACCAAAAAAUUUAAAGACUUUCAAAGAUUUUUUCUGCCUAUUUUCAAAGACUUUUCAAAGACCUUUGAGGGCAAUCAGCUGUCGAAAAAUUGCGAGUGUAAGCACCAUUUUUACCCAGUAAUUAGUCCCGUCAAAUCACAUCCUAAAAUGCGCCUUUUCGUCGUUAUUUGCGAAAAUCUUGCUUCAAUCAAUCUAUUUUAUUAGCUAGGAAAUCGUAUAAUCAAAUACUCACUAAAGAAUUCAAAGAGUUUUAAAGACUUUCUUCGCUUUUUCACACAAUUUAAAGACUGACCUCAAAGACCUGCAUUCCAAUUUAAAGACUUUCAAGGAUUUCAAAGACCGCUACGAACCCUGUAAAUAGUUGGGUAGGUAGAGGGUCUUAAUGGGGGUUUAUGGGUGUCAGUUGUCAGCUAAAAUUUAAGCCAGUUGUCAGUUGUCAGUGCGAUAUAUUGCAAGCUGUCAGUAGUCAGUUACUGCAAAAAAGCUGACUCAUGGUUUUGUCAUUAUUUCUCAGUUGUCAGUUAGGACAUUUUGUCAGUUGUCAGUCAAAAAUUCAGGCAAAUGUCAGUAGUCAGUUAACCCCAUUCAGACCCUCUAGGUAGGUACCAAGGCAUUUGAUAUAUCUUGAAGUUCAUAGUUUUUCUCUCAUUUUUGUUACUAACUCACAUUUGUUUUAAAAUUAAUAUUUUCAGCCUCUGCAAGUGCCUCGUUUUUUGGAACGUUCGGCGUAAGUGGGUCAGUCUCCCAUUUGAACACACACACAGUCAGUGAUACAUAUACGAAAAACGUCAUGGAUUCGAAGAUCUACACCUUUGGUGGCCCACCCGUGCGAGAAAAUUUCACCCUUGAAUACUGGGAAGAUAAUCUCGGAAACAACCAGGUAGCCAUUGACCGCGAGGGGGAUCCGUUGCAUUACAUUAUAACAACCGAAGCUUUGCCAGAACUACCGGAGGAGAUUACAUUCAAGAUCAGUGCGCUGGUUUUGAAAUCUCUUCAGAGAUAUUACAAAAAUAACGCCAUCACAGGUACGUGGCUAAAAUUCAAGGGUGGGUUGACUACAAACUUUUUGUAGUUCGCUAUAACUACAGCUACUUCAAAAAUAUAUAGUCAGCUACAACUACAGCUAAUUUUGAACAAAAGUAGUUCGCUACUGACUACAGAUACUGCUUAAAAAAUGUAGCGAACUAUUUCGCUAUUUCGCUACUCAAUAUUUUUUAACUUUACUGUAUUUGGAACAUCUAUAUAUUAUAGCUCAGGCUGUAAUGUAUAACCUAUAACAAAUCGACUUACGCGAGUAGGCUAAAUAAGACGGCAUGGACUUGCACAGUUUGAACAGUUGCACGGCAUACUUUAUUCGUGCAAAUUGAGUAUUUAUUUUAAGCAAACUGUGUCUUAAUAACAUUCUAUUCUAUCAAGUUGCUAACAAUUUUAAAAAGUAGCGAAUAGCGAUUUGCUGUUUGAAAAGUAGUCAACUACUUGGCUACUUUUAGGCAAAAUGUAGUUCGCUAUAACUACAGCUACUGUUUUAAAAAAGUAGUCAAAAACUACUGGCUACUUGAAAAUUGUAGUUCGCUACAGUAGUCAACUACAACUACUUCGCUACUACCCACCCUUGCUAAAAUUGGUAUAUCUAAUUUGGGCGGAUUUUGCCUCAUAGCGCUCGUGCAAGAAGCAAAAAACUUUAAAAAUCUUAUGUUAUGUCAUAUGACGUACUGUUGAAGGUUACCACAAACUAACACGCAGGGUUUAUUUUAAGGCAAAUUUAGAACUGCACAUAUUAGGGAUGUUACGAAGCAUCACGUGUUUGACUGAGGGGUCAAAUGGUGUGUGACUGGGGAGUCAAAGGAUUUUUAUCUAUAUUUAAUGUUGUAAAUUUAUAGUUAACGUUGUAAUUAAGUUAUGAUAGACUCUUAAUUUGCAUAUAGGUGGCAGAAUAAAGGUGUGGUUGGGUGGGGCCAGACAAACUCGAUUCUGGGGUCCCCCCAAACUUUGAAUCUAGAGGCACGUAAGUUCUGGCAAAGAUUUGUUCACCAAACCACCCACAAAAACUGUUUCAAAACAUGUAACUGGGAAUUAUGUAUACCCAAUAUAUAAUAACCUUAGACAGCAAAGAAUAUUAGGUUCUCCCACUCUAAUCUCUUUUGGAUAGCUUCGCUCGCCCCAAUUUUACCUCCUGUUCCAUUAACCCAGCACGUAUAUGAUUUGCGAGGAAAAUAUGAGGGUCUGGUGGUCUUCUUCCAGAAAACAUUUAGAUUUUUGAUGCUCAAUAACAGCAUUUCUGGCAUCUGGAGCAUCCACAAGGAAAACAAGUAAAUGAGAAGACUGUUUUGAGGUUAUAUUUUUGUUAAUUUGGUGACUGCACAUUUGAGUUUUAAGAACUACACAAAUGGGUUUAGAACUGCACAUUUUGUGUAGAACUGCACGUUAAAAUAAACCCUGCUAACACGAACUGGUGUCCGUGCUCAUAGAAACGUCGCUAGCUUGAGCUCCUAUUGUUUGCUAGCCAUCAACGGAAAACAUGGCUACGAAACAAUGUUUCAUGGCUUGCCACUUUUGGAAAACAUGGCUAGGAUGUUUCCACAACAAUAUCUAGUUCACCCAAGGCUUUAACACAGUUUUUUCAACUUUUCAGGUUGCACGGAUGCUGAAUCACCAAACUUCAACUUUCAAGCAAAUCUUGACGACAAUUCGUGCAAGGCUUUGCAGACCAAUUUCACAUUUGGUGGCGUGUACCAAACCUGCACACCUACCGGCUCGCCACCCACCGACCCGUGUGUAGGAUAUACACAAAAAAAUCCCAAGACGCAAGGAUAUAGGUAAGGUGGUAAACAGGCAACGCAUUAUUGAAGGCACAAUUUAUUACAAUCAAUCAAUCAAUCAACUUUAUUUACAAAGGGUUAAAAAUAUUACAUAGCUAAUAUACCUGGUAAGUUAAAAGACUUAUCUUCCCCAGGGCCCUCACUAUUUUAGUUAAAAAUACGAGUUGAAGUUAUUUACAACAACAGAGUGAAAUAUUAAUUACUAGUUAAAAAAUAAUUUGUUAAAAAUGUCCUCUAAAGUCGUUCAGUCCUCUUAAAGGACUCUUAAAAAUUCCUUUUAAAGUCGUUUCUCUAAUGUUUGAACUUAAUGUGUUCCACAUCUUUACAUAGCCUGUGCACAUCCUGUAUUACCCGUACUGGUAAUACAGGAUGUGCACAGGCUAAUCUUUACACUACUGUAUCCAAACGUAUUUGUAUAUAUCUGUUUAUGUUUUCCUGGAGGCAAAUACAGAUCAUUUGCAGAGCUUGAUCGGGUUGUCUUUGUAUGAACUUGUCUGAGUAGAAAUAAUUAUAUAAAUUAUGUGCCUUGACGGUUGAUCUUGUCAGCAUAAAUCACGGAUAUAAAACGGGCCAUUAUUUUCUUCUUACAUGUAGUUGCCCUUCCGGUUACACUGCAAUCCGCUUACACGAAGGAACGCUGGCGACACAUUGUAAAACCACGUGUCAUGGUUGGUGGAUCUUCAGGUCAUGUGACACAAACUGUGGUGGAGGAGUGUACACUACCUUCUGGUGUGCAGCCGAGGGCAGUGUCCCACAAGAGUCUGGUAGGUGGGGUUUAAAAUAUGAGAUUAAGAGUUGACACUUUCUAAAGUUGAGCACGAGACCAGGGCGAUGUCUGAGCCGAUUAUAGAAUUGUCUCUAGUCGCUUUACACGGCCAGAAGCUUCUCCUGGUUACGUAUAAAUAAAUGCAUAAAAUUGUCACUCUACAUUUUCACUUGCAAAACCCUUCAACAUUACCUCAGGGCUUUCAGAAUUAUGCUGGUGGCUGGGUUGAUAAAAUAGGCGGUCUAAAAAAAGUCAUCCAAAUUAACUAGUGUAUAUUGAUUAGAUAGCAACACAACGGAACUCUGCAACCAAAUUAUAAUGUAUCACUACUUUCAUUCUUCAACAAGAUAACUUCCGGAGUUAGGAUGGCAAAUAACUAAAUCAGUUUUACGAAAUAGUACGUCGUUUUCGAAACUAACCAUAUAGCCAUAACGUAGAUCAGGUUGAGGAGAAAUAACUUUGUUUCAAAACUAGAGUGGAGGAAGGAGAGCAGAUUUGAUAUUUCAAGUACUAAACCAAGUAACUAACGGUGAACAUCGUGGCACCCGCGUAUUUUGAAGGCUCUGUAAUCCUUAAACUGCUUAGUAAAACCCACCUGUAGGAAUGACUUUGACAUUGCUUUCCACCAUACUUUUCAGGCUAUUUAUUUGGAGGUCUUUACAGUGACAGUGUCAACAACGUCAUCACAAAAGAAAAGAAAUGUCCAAAUAAGUUUUACCGUCAGAGGUUUGGUCCCAAAGAUAUGUAUGUGUGUAUCAGUGACGACUACGAGCUGGGGGCCCAGUACAGCAUACCGUUUGGAGGAUUUAUGAGCUGUAGUGCCGGCAACCCAUUGGCAAUGACGUCACGUAAAGGUGAGCUUAUGUGUGUCAACAAUCGUAAAAUCACGGC